CGCGUUUGAUUAAUGUCCAAGGGCUGAUCCUGCUGCGAUCCUGCAAGCUUCUUUGCUCCACGGAGGAGGCCGCUCAUUUCCUACAGGCAGAGUCCUUCUUCCUUACUGGAAAAAGAGCUCUUACUGGUGGGCGGGAAGAGGAAAGUUGCUGCAGAGCCGGGGAGCCUGUCUUAGUCCCUGAGAUGCCCUUUCCUUAAAGGAAGCGCGCGGGCGCUUGGACUGUUUUAUUUUCUGAACUUCGUCCGGGAGGGCGGAUAGUGGGGGCCUUUUCCCGACUCCUGCCGGCCGCCUUAAGGAGAAGGGAGAAAAGUUCUAGCGGCGCUUGUUUUUGGGGAAGAAAGAAAUAAUGACAGAGGAAAGUAAAGGGGAUGGGAAAGGCGAGAGCGGGAAGGAUCCGGAGAAGCAGCUACGCCUGCGGGUGUGCGUUUUGAACGAGUUGCUGAAGACGGAGCGCGACUAUGUGAACACCUUGGAGUUUUUGGUGUCGGCAUUCCUUCACAGAAUAAUGCAGUGGGCUAUUACUAAGAUUGAUAAAAAUGUAACAGAGGAAACGGUUAAGACAUUGUUCUCAAAUAUUGAAGAUAUUCUAGAAGUUCAUAAGAACUUCCUAUCUAGGAUUGAAGAAUGUCUGCACCCUGAACCUAAUUCGCAACAAGAAGUGGGAUCUUGCUUUCUCCAUUUUAGAGACAGAUUUCGUAUCUAUGAUGAAUACUGCAGGAAUCAUGAAAAAGCACAAAAGCUUUUGCUUGAACUUAACAAAAUAAAAACAGUACGGACAUUUUUACUGAACUGCAUGCUUUUAGGAGGACGAAAGAGUACAGAGGUACCUUUAGAAGGUUAUUUGGUAACACCAAUCCAGAGAAUAUGCAAGUAUCCUCUUCUUUUGAAGGAAUUGUUAAAGCGCACUCCCAAAAAGCACAGUGACUAUUCUAUCUUAAUGGAAGCUCUCCAAACAAUGAAAGCUGUUUGUUCCAACAUAAAUGAAGCCAAGAGACAGAUGGAAAAAUUAGAGGUUUUAGAGGAAUGGCAGUCUCACAUUGAAGGAUGGGAGGUAAUGUCAUAAAAUGUAUUAUUUUACCAAAUGUGGAAGAAAUAAGAACUCUGUACAAUUAUUAUAUUCUGUACAGGACAUUAUCAUACACAAUUAGAAUAAAUUGUUCUUUGUUUUACUUAGUAGAUUGUUAUCUUUGUGACAUCUGAUCGAUCCACAUCUGGUUUAUUAAUAACAGAAAUUUCAAGUGAAGUGUUUUUGGUGCCAAGGCUCCAGGAGUUUCCUAGCAGUUUUGGACUUAUCUUGGUUUAUAUAUUCACAGUUUUUUAAUUGAAACUAUGAUUAAAUCUACAUAUAAACAACCUUUACACACCA